AUGCAAGAGUGCUGUGCUUCCCGACCUCUAAUACCGAAUUCCCAAUUCAACGUGAACAGGUGCUUGGGGCAGCUCGAGACCUUGGGAUAUGGCCAAACUGCGGAAUACCCUUCAUUUCAUACUAAUGACCUUCUGGAUAAGCAUGUACCCAAUGUACCCACCCCAGUACAAUGGGAAGCACGCCUCUCUUCGACCAGGACGGAGAUUAGGCUCGCUCAGGCUGAGUUGGGCAGACGCCAGGAGAAGAUAGAGCAACUUGAGGACGAUCUCGCCGAUGUGCGCGACUCCCUAGCGGAGUGCCACGCCGAGUUGACACAAAACGUCGGCAAGCUCGGGGAUGCUGGACUUGAGAGGGCGUGGCCAGAGCUGAGGCAAUAUAAGACAUGGCGGCACGCAGACGCUGGGGAUAAAGUAAGAAAAAAAGAAAAAACAAAGAACUACGCAAGGCACCUUGGUGUACGAACGGGUACUACUACGCCUUAA